AUGGCUGCUCAAGUUCUUCCUACGCCCUCGUCACAAUUCCCCAACCACUUGCCAUACGGGAACGAGAUGCUCCAUUCUUUUCAGAAUUUUGACAGUCUGCCACCUGGGAACGCUGCCUACACCUCUGAACCCCCACCACAGCCACUUUUGAUGGUAUCUCAACCUUCAGUCAGCUCCGAUGUGUCAUAUCGCAGACGUUCGUCCCAUUCACCGCAGGCGGCAAUGAGCGCGCCAGCACUUCGUGACCGAACUCCCAUUCGGCACCACAGGCCCAGCCUCUCUCGCGGUCGCAGUCAUAGUCGAAGUGACAUGCUGCUGGCUUAUGCUACUGAACAAAAUCAGUUACACCAGACACAGUCCCUGCCGUCAAUGGCUGCUAUGCCAUCACAAAGCGGGUCGACAAUGCCCCAGAUGUACAAUAUGCCUCCGUACAAUAUGUCUCCUCCCAUCAACAGCUUCGCGCACCAGAGUGGUUAUUUCGGAUCCGCUGCUCCACCACCAACGGCGCAACAAGACACCACUACUGAAUAUCCGCUGCACCAGAAUGAAACGGAAGCCCACACAUUCUAUCCAGUGGGCCGCACAACUUCUCAUGGCUCAGCAUUGAGCCUACCCCCACCCGAGUCGCCAAAUGCUUUGUACAUGCACGGUCAGCCGCAGCAUAGCCAACAACCACUGCCUUCAAUUGGGAUGGCGAUGCAACCCUUCCCACCAGUGCCACUCACUUUGGAAUCUUCUCCCGCGGAAAUUGAGAUCAUGCCAUCUAGACCAAAACCACAGUGCUGGGACCACGGAUGCAAUGGACGCCAGUUCUCGACCUUUUCGAACUUGCUACGCCACCAAAGAGAGAAAAGUGGUAGCGCGGUCAAAGCUGUUUGCCCACACUGUGGCACGGAGUUUACAAGAACCACGGCUAGAAAUGGCCACAUGUCGGGCGGCAAGUGCAAAGGAAGGCCCGAGGGUGAGAGUUCGAACCGAGCGAAAAAGGAAUCUUGA